CGUGGUGGGUUGUAUCUUCCCAGGGUUUAGCGAACAUGUUGUAAGAUUAAUUUGAGAACCACAAGAUGUAUCAUAGGCAAUUAGGGAGCAUGCUUGUAUUCUCUGUCCAGUAGUUGAUGCAGUUGCGAGGGAUAUCUAUUUGAAUACGUUUCACGGUUGGCAUGCUCAUCACAACGGAGGCUUUGAUAUACUACCUAGGCUAACUGAUGGACAACAGGUGGUGCUAAAUUGUCAUUUGCUGUAGUGGGACCUCGGAGAACAUAAUUUCGAAAUAUGCCACGUCUUUAUAAUAUUUGACUGAAUGCCUGAGUGAUGGCGUUCCUGCUUAGGGCUCUAGUGCUACCUGUCUUCCUGUCCUCGGUGCCCUGGGUGGCAGGGUCAACGUUCACCCUGCUGCUGUCCUUGCCCAACACCUCCAUGCCCUUCAGUGUUGGCAGGAUCGGGGCGGGCGCCCUCAUCGCCAUCGACGCCGUGAACCGGAGUCCCGAUCUGUUGGCAGGUCAUUGGCUGGAGCAUGAAUACGUGGAUGAUGAGUGCAGCGACGUGAACGGCCCGGGGAAGGUAGUGGAGCUACUGCACAGACGGAACUACAGCGCUUUCAUCGGCCCCGCCUGCUCCGACGUGUGUGCGAUCACCGCCAAGCUGGCAGCUUUCUGGAACAUUCCCGUGGUCAGUCCCACCUGCGCAGACCAGCAGUUUCUCAUCAAAAAGGCUUACCCCACUCUUACCAGAGUGUUUGGCCCCUUCACCAAGAUGGGCUCGUUCUUUGUGAAGAUCUGUGAGAAGUUUGGCUGGAGACGUAUAAGCAUUAUCUACGACCACAGACCUGCCUGGAUCAUCCCUGCUGAGGGAAUCAGGUACCAAGCUGAAGUCAGUAACAUCACGGUGGCUAAAUACCUGGCAUUUCAAACACCUCUCGGGCAAGACAACACUCACACAGCCCUCACACAAGCACGUAUGCUACAGGAGGUUGCCGAGGUGUCUCGCAUCAUAGUGAUCUCAGCGCGUGGGGAGGUGGUCAGGGACUUCCUGGUCGAGGCCCACAGGAGAGGCCUCACCACAGGGGACUACGUCUUCUUCUGCUUCGAGCCCUACAGGCUGGAGGAGAUGUUUGGCAACUUUGACUGGAAAAGAGGAGAUGUGGAUGACUCCGUGGCUAAGCAGGCCUACCAGGCUCUGUUUCUACUCUCUCUGUACAAACCCAACGACCAGAGGUACUGGAACUUCUCCAAUGACGUCAUCCGCAGAUCCAGAGAGGACUUUGGCUAUGCCUACGCACCCAACGAAAAGGUGUCGGUGCUGGCAGCCAUAGCCCAUGACUCUGUAUGGCUGUAUGCUCAGGCUCUGAAUGAAACCCUGGCGGAACGCGGGGACCCAUACGACGGCUUCACCAUAACCCGCAAGAUGUGGAACCGAACCAUCACAGGUAUCCAGGGUGACGUUACCAUGGACGCCAAUGGAGACAGGGAGUCUGCCUAUAUGAUGAAGCACAUCCAGGGCGCAGAGAACGACAGGGAGUUCAAAGUAAUCGCCAAUUACUUUGGUACGAAUAAGGCUUAUGAGCCAGUGGAGGGGGUCCAAGUCUACUGGCCAGGAGGGAGGAAGACUCCACCGAAGGACACACCCCACUUUGGCUUCAAAGAUGAGCUCUUCAUCAAUAUCGAGAAGAGGUUUGCGAUAGCUGUGGGGACCAUUGCUGUUUUCCUGGCCACCGGGACACUUAUCAUAUGUCUUCUCUACAGGAAACACAUCAUCCGGAAGAAGGUGUCUGUGGUCCUAUGGAGGGUUAGCCCCGGUGAUGUCACCAUGAUGGGGAACAGCUCAUCCUCGGCAGGAAAGGUACCGUACCUCAACUCCAAGUCCAUCGAUGAUUCUCUGGAGUCCAUCCUGGGAAAUAUGAAGGACAAACCAUCCUCCCACAGAACGGCCGUCUAUAAAGAGAACAUCUGUUCAGUGCGACUGCUGAAUGUGAAGAGUGUGUGUCUGAACAGAGAGCUGCUCACUGAACUGAAGCAGUGUAGGGAUUUGAGCCACCCAAACAUCUGCAGCGUCAUUGGUGCUUGUCUGGAACCUCCACAGUUCUUUCUGCUGACUGAGUACUGUCCUAAAGGGAGCCUGCAGGACAUUUUGAAGAAUGGUUCCAUUAAGCUUCACUGGAGCUUCAAGUUCUCCCUGAUGCUGGACAUUGUCAAGGUACAUUUUCUCAAAACUCUCGAUUUUUCAUGCCGUAUGAGUUACAUAAUGUCUAUGGCUGUCUCUAUGGGCGUGAUACAAGUUCAGGGGAUGGACUACUACAUGCCCUCCUCUGGCACCCAGAAGGGGGAUGUCUACAGUUUUGGCAUUAUUGUUCAGGAGGUGGUGUACCGCAGGGGCCCUUUCCAUAUCCCCAACAACAACCUCGAGGCAAGAGACAUAGUGGAGAGGGUCAAGGCCGGGGUGUGUGUGGGGGGCGGAGGUAGCCCCCUCAGGCCCCACACGGACAGGGCAGAGUGUCCAGAGGGUGUGGAGGCUCUGAUGGGGGCGUGCUGGAGUGAGAGGCCCAGUGACCAACCAGACUUCUCCUCCCUCAGAGUGACCGUAAAGAGACUCUGCCCCAGCUGCGUGGGCGAGAACAUUCUGGAUGACCUGCUGUCCCGCAUGGAGCAGUAUGCCACCAACCUGGAGGAGGUGGUCAGCGAGCGCACCGCCCAGCUCCUGGAGGAGAAGAGGAGGGCCGAGGGCCUCCUCACCCAGAUGUUGCCACGAUCGGUGGCUGUCCAGCUGAUUGCUGGGAAGACGGUGCGGGCGGAAACCUACGACUCUGUCACCAUCUAUUUCAGUGACAUCGAAGGAUUCACCGCCAUGUCGGCCAGUCUCACGCCAAUGCAGGUGGUGAACGUGCUGAAUGACCUGUACACGUACUUUGACAAUAUCAUCGACCACCACGAUGUUUACAAGGUGGAGACCAUUGGCGACGCGUACAUGGUGGUAUCUGGCCUGCCCAUUAGAAACGGGGACGACCAUGCGAAGGAGAUCGCCCGCAUGUCUCUGGCAGUGGUGCGGGGCAUGAGACAGUACAACAGUCCACACGUGCCCCAGCAGCAGCUCAAAGUCCGCAUUGGACUCCACUCAGGUCCAUGUGUGGCCGGUGUAGUGGGACUGAAGAUGCCCCGGUUCUGUUUGUUCGGAGACACAGUUAACACUGCCUCGCGGAUGGAGUCGCACGGCUCACCAUUGAAGAUCCAUGUGAGCAGCUCCACUAAAGCUCUCCUGGACACAUUUAGGACGUUCCGCUGUGAGCUGAGAGGAGACAUCCACAUGAAGGGGAAGGGGCUUGUGAGGACAUUCUGGCUUUUGGGAGAAGACCAAUGAAAAUGUUAUGUUUUCAGUAAUUUGAUUUGGUCCGUCUCUCAGGAGUAAAAAUCAAAUCUUAAAAAUAAAAAUAAAUCUGAUAUACAGUU